GCGAGCUGGGAUAGGCUGGGAGUUUGGUCGGAGCCGUCAGCGGGACGGGACAAGGCACAAGAAGGGGGGCAAACGAAGAACCGACCGACUAUUAACUUCUGCCUUCUCAGCGGCUGAAUGUUGGACAGGAAAUUUGACGUAGACAGCUUUACGGAAAAUACCAUUUGUUGCAUUCAGAGGUCCGGGUCUGAGCGGCGCGGAUGACAAAGAAGCGUCCCCGUGCAAACUUUCUCAACCGGGUGUGAUCGCUGUUACCCAACCGGGAAUUCUUUUAUUUUUAUCGGAGGAGUAAAGAAGAGGACAUCAUGCCUAGGCGCACCGUGCAAGAAGUAACAGUGCAAGAUGUCCAGAAAAGGAGAAAUCCGAACAAACACUACGUUUACAUCAUCAAAGUGUCCUGGAGCGAUGGCAGUACAGAAAGCAUUUUCAGACGCUACAGCAAGUUCUUUGACCUCCAGAUGGAAUUGCUGGACAAAUUCCCAGUGGAAGGAGGCCAAAAAGACCCUAAGCGCAGGAUCAUUCCAUUCCUACCAGGGAAGAUCCUGUUUAGGAGGAGCCAUAUCAGAGAUGUGGCCAUGAAAAGGCUAAGGCCCAUCAACGAGUACUGCAGGGCCCUCAUUCAGCUUCCAGUGUACAUCUCCCAGUGCGAAGAGGUCAGAGUGUUCUUCGAAACCAGACCUGAAGAUAUCAACCCACCCAAGGAGGAACCCAUUAGCAAGAAGAAAUCAGGAGAUUCCUCCGCAGCAGACCCUCUCCUCCUCGACCAGUAUGUGGCAGUCACAGACUAUGAGAAGCAGGAGAGCUCUGAGGUUAGCCUGCAUGUGGGUCAGGUGGUCGAGGUCAUUGAAAAAAAUGAGUCUGGCUGGUGGUUUAUCAGCUCCGAUGAUGCCCAGGGCUGGGUCCCUGCUACUUGUCUUGAGGCACAGGAUGACCCUGAUGACUUCACUAUUCCAGGGGAAGAAGAUGAGAAGUAUACAGUGAUUUACCCGUACUCGGCCAGGGACCAAGAUGAGAUCGACCUGGAGAGAGGCAUGAUUGUCGAGGUGAUUCAAAAGAACCUGGAGGGCUGGUGGAAGAUCAGGUAUCAGGGUCUUGAGGGCUGGGCCCCGGCCUCCUACCUGAAGAAGACCGACCUCCAGGGCCAGAAGCAGACAGCGGGCGCUGCUGCUCAUGCCAGCACCAAUGACUUAGAUGGGCUUUCUAAGCAGAACCAACAAAACAAUGCAGCCAAAGAGAACCAAGACAACAGCCAAAAAGAAAACAGACUGUCCUUUUUUUCUGAGAACAAACUCAAAGUGGGAUUAAGACACCGACCUCCUCCACGUAGAGAUCUUACUAUUCCACGUGGCACAAACCUCCCCAAGCCACCGGUUGCUCCCCUGGUUGAGGAAGAGUUCUACACCAUAGCAGACUUCCAGACCACAAUCCCUGAUGGUAUAAGCUUCCAAGCUGGAAUCAAAGUUGAGGUGAUAGAGAAGAAUAAUGGUGGUUGGUGGUACAUCCAGAUUGAUGACAAAGAGGGCUGGGCCCCUGCCACCUUUAUCGACAAGUACAAGAAGACCAGCAAUGCGGUGCGCCCUAACUUCCUUGCCCCUCUGCCCAAUGAGAUGGAGAAGCUGAGACUGGAAAAUGGUGGUUCUUCAAAUAUUUCAGGCACAGAUGACAGUUGGUCCAAGCCUUUACCAGAUGAGCCAACCACUGCCCCCGAUUCAUGUGCCCGGCCUAAGCUGAGAGAUUGGAAGGCCAGUGCCAGCAAGGUUCCCCCUACCCUUGCUGGGCUUUUACCUCCAGCCCCAUCAGCCCCUCCAGCUGAAGAGAAACCAGCUCUGCCUCCUCGAAGAGAGUCCAUUAAUAAGAGCUUUGAUUUGGAGGUAUCGGAGAAACCGAGGCCUGAUCUUUCCAAACCUUUGCCUCCAAAACCCCCAGUUCCUGGGGUCAUCUUGCCGCUGGUUCCACCCAAAGCAGCCCCCUUCAAACCGGACAAACCACCUGAGAACAAGAAAGAAGAUAAGAGCAAAGUACUUCACCUCCGGAAUGAGAUGGGUCUUGAAUGUGGCCACAAGAUCUCUGCCAAGGAGGUGAAGAAGUUUAAUCUGAAACCCGUACCUAAGCAGCCGCCAAAACCCAAAGUAGAAGCACAGGAGGAGAAACCAGAUGCAGCCGGCCCCGCAGUGUUUAUGAAACCGAAGCCAUCGAUCCGACCUAAACCGGUUCCAGCUGCCAAGCCAGAUCCUCCGGCAGAAAACAAACUCGACAUCACUAACCUGAGAAGCAAACUGAGGCCUUCAAAACCUGCAGAUCCCAGCUCAGAGGCAAACUCUCAGAAUGGUGCCACAACAGCAGAAAAAAGUUCCCAUCCCUCUGCACCCCCCAGCUCUCCCCCCCAUCGUAUCCCUACUCUCAGCAAUGGUAAGCACUGCGACGAGCCAAAACUCCCCCCAAAACACAUAAAUGGUCACAGCCUGGAGAUCUCACCUCCUCCGGCAAAACCAGCAGUGCCUCCCCACAAGGAACCCCCACAGAGACCCCCCAAUAUGCUUCCAAGGAGACCUCCACCUCCAAAGAAGACGGACCCGUCCAGCCCGACCGAGUCCAAGCCUCCACCUGCUCUAAGAGAAAUCCAGGACCAUCCCAAAGGCCCCCCACCCAGCCUCAGCAGACCCCCUCCACCUAAACCAAAGGGGUUUAUGCUGCCACCUCCUAAUAAAGAUAAAGAAGAGCCCAAAUGUAAUAAAGUCCCGGUUCCUCCCAAGCCUCAGUUGAAGCCCGGCCCCCCCAAGGACAAGCUUCCACCGUUACUUAUGGAGCCCAGUAAGGAUGAGCUGUAUUUAGCGGUGGCAGACUUUGAAGGGGAUGACCAAACAUCCAGCUUCAAGGUGGGUACGGUGUUUGAAGUGAUGGAGAAAAACAGCAGCGGUUGGUGGUUCUGUAAGAAUGUAGGACAGGAAGUCGAGACCUGGAUCCCCUCGAACUACCUGAGCAAGAAACCUUAGUGCGAUGUGCUCUCAAAUCCAUGACCACAUGAUUAAACAAACAAAAUAUCACUACUUUGUAGCUAAUAGGCAUUUUUUAUUUAUAGGUACUUUUUUUUUUAAAUAACUGUUUCAAGUGACAUUUGUUUCAUUUUGAUAAAAAACAUUACUCAAACUGAACCAGCAAUAACACUUGACCUUGUUGUUUCCUAUGAUGUUUACGUUCUUUGGUUUUUAUCUCAAUUUUACAUGUAAGAAGUGUUUUGCUUUUGUUGCAGUAUUCUAGUCCCAGCCUGUGUCAGUCUUGCUUUUACUUAGGCUAGACUCUAGAAUAGGGAUCCUAACACAGAAAUAAAGCAGAUAAUGUAUCUUUACCCAUGCCUUCUAUGAUAUCGUGCCUCUAGAUUAUAUGCAAAGUGCUUCAGUGCUUAUUAGACUGUAUGCAACUGUAGACAAAGUCCUUGUUGUUUGACAAAAAUAUCAAACUUUUACAUCACAGGAGAAAAUGCUAGGUGUUCAAAUCCAGCUGUAGACAAAAAAGAUCUAUGAGACAAAGAUUGCACAUGAACUCACUGGGGGAGUUCCACGACUACAUUUGGGCUUUUCAGUGCUAUCAGAAAUGACUAAAACAGACAUUGUUGCCGAGUAGAAUACUGUUUGUUAUACUAGAAACAUGCAUAUAAGGUUUUCUGCUAAUGUAUUGCUUUAUGUUGUUGGCUGUAUAAUUGUGGUUGCAGUGACUUGUAACAGAUGUGCACUUUUUCCGUCAUUUCACACAAAACCAUUUUGAGGUUUGCACACGCUGAACGAAGGGGAGGAAUGCCACAGUGCAUUUUAUUUCACACAUUAUUAGUUAUGUUUUUUAUACUCACUGUAACACAUAUUCACCCAUGUAAAGAUGAGGCUAGAGCAAACAAACUAAAACGUUUCAAAGAAUCUCUGUGUGAACGUAUUUUACCACAAUCAUGUUAUAUUACACCCAACAAAAAAAGUGUGAAAUGGGACUUAAAGAGCACAUCUGCAAAUCUGUAUCAGAUGUCUGACCUAAGAAAUUGGUGACCUACAGUGAUUUGUGCAAUGAUUUACAAUAUUGUAAGUGUAAAGUCUUUCUUUAACCAAAGUCUGGUGCUAAAAUAACAGCAAAGAAUGACCAUUGUAUAAAAAUAAUGUUUGACAUUAAUGCUUGACUGGUAUCAAGCAUGGUCAGUAUAGCUAAAUAUUUUUUAUUGUACAGAAAUGAAAGGCAUAUCUUAGCUGUUGUCACUUUUUCUUUGAUGGUCAUUCUGUCAUCUAUUUUACUCUGUACUGAGGAAGAGGAAGAAAGAGCCAAGAAGGAAUUGAGUUGUUGGAAUUAUGGGAUUUGCUAAUAAGAGGACGUAUAAAGAGCAGUGUCGUUUUUGUUGAAAGUAACCUAAAGAAUUAUGUGAACUGGAUGCUCAUUUCUCACCAGGUUGUCGAGAAAUGAUUGUCUACAUACAUUGUUAGGUUUGCUAAAUAAAUAAGCAAAAUUAGAACAUAAAAAAUAAGUUAAUUGUUUGCUAAACAAUCAGACAAGGCUACAAGCUGUAACACCGCUUUUAGUCGCUAUAAUGUUGUCACCUUACGUUCAUGUUUAAUACAGAAAAAUGCUGAAGGUUCCCAGACAGAACAUUUUAUUGUCGGGGGUUAUUUCAUGAGGACAAAAGGCAGGUACAGAACGGGGUAAGAAAAAGGUAUGGGUUGAUGGUGUCAUCAUUUCAGUAUUGUAAUCAUAUAUACUUUUUUUGCUAUGUACUUUUCAUUACAUAAAGUCUCAUGUUGCUUAAGUCAAUAAAAGUUUCAGAUUUUUCAAUCCA